GGCGCAGGGGGAGGGAAGGGGGUGUGUAGCUAUUUUUGGUGUGUGUGCGGAGCGGAGAUGUGCUAGUGUUGCCGCGACACGGGCCGUGCGGAGCCGGAGCUGGAGCCGUCCCCCCUUCUCAUCCUCUCACAGCCCGCCAGCGGCGCAGGUUGCUCCCUUUGAAGAACCAUUUCUGUGUAACAUUCAUGAGACAACCUCAAUCGAAGGCAGAAAUAAUCACCAGAAUAAACCAUGGACUUUGUUAUGAAGCAGGCUCUGGGAGGAGCUACCAAGGACAUGGGGAAGAUGUUGGGAGGCGACGAAGAGAAGGACCCUGAUGCAGAGAAGAAAGAAGAGGAAAGAUUAGAAGCUCUGCGGCAAGAAGAAGAAGAGCGUGCAGGGAAAUACGCCAAGAUGGAAGCGGAGCGUGAGGUGAUGCGGCAAGGAAUACGUGACAAGUAUGGAAUAAAGAAGAAGGAGGAGAAGGAGGCGGAGGCCAUGGCGGCGAUGGAGGCACAGGCAGAGGGUAGCUUGACCCGGCCCAAGAAGGCCGUGCCCACGGGCUGUGGGGAUGAGGAGGAGGAGGAGGAAAGCAUCCUGGACACUGUGCUAAAGUACCUCCCCGCCCCCCUGCAGGACAUGUUCAAGAAGUAGAGCCCCCGCCAGCCCCCGCCGGCCCAGCGGACGCAGGGACGGUCACUCUGGUCACUUUGUUGCUACGUUUAAGCCAUCCUCAUUAUCUAAUGGUCACUUCCACCAUUCAAGCUCCAUGGCAUUUGUGUAGUGGCAUGGAAGCGUCAUAGCACUGAACACCCACGUCUGUGUAGCACUCAGCACAUUAACUAACCUGAUAAGCCAUGUUUAUAGUCAAUUCAAAUCUAGUAACUAAAUAGAGAAAUGAAGAAACAUUGUUUUCUCCCUCCUCGCCUGGCCCAACCUCGAGGGCUCUGGGGAGCGAGCACUUUCUGUUCAUUGUUGUGGAAAACACCCUCAGUUGACAGUCCUGGUCCUUGCCAACAUGGCCAGUCAACCCUCCCCUGUGAUACAGGCACACCGGUACACACGGACUGUGUGAUAUAGGCACACCGGUACACACAGUGUGAUACAGGCACACCGGUACACACGGACUGUGUGAUAUAGGCACACCGGUACACACAGUGUGAUACAGGCACACCGGUACACACAGUGUGAUAUAGGCACACCGGUACACACGGACUGUGUGAUACAGGCACACCGGUACACACGGACUGUGUGAUACAGGCAUUGAAAUCCUCAGCUCUGCAAGUUUGCAGAAUCUGCAGUUUUGGAAUCAUAUUUAAAAGUUAUUUCUGUUAUGAUAUUAUGUAAAUUGAAGACUGUACAGACAGGGACCGGUGCACACACAAACAGCUGGUGAAUGUGCUGUCAGUGACCCCAGUCAAGUGUGCUCACUAAUGUUGGGUCUCUGGUGGGAGACAGCACUGGGGAAUGGCUGUCACUGCCCAGGCCUCUGCUCCUUCACAAAGGCUGGUGGAGCACCUGGUGCGUCAUUCACUGUCACAACCGGAGCAAGGAACACACACAAUCAGUGUGACACACACAGACACACCCAGUGUGAGACAGACAGACACAGACACACAGUGUGAGACAGAGACACACAUAGUGUGAGACAGAGACACACACAGACAUAUAGUGUGAGACAGAGACGCAUAGUCAAACACAGUGUGCGACAAACACACAGACAGUGUGCGACACACACUGUGUGAGACAGACACACACACACACACACUGUGAGACAGAGACAGACACACACACACACACACACACUGUGAGACAGAGACAGACACACACACACACUGUGAGACAGACACACACACACACAGUGUGCGACAGAGACAGACACACACACACUGUGAGACAGACAGACACACACACAGUGUGAGAGACACACACACACACACAGUGUGAGAGACACACACACACAUACACACUGUGAGACAGACAGACACACACACAGUGUGAGACAGACACACACACACACACAGUGUGAGACAUAGACAGACACACACACACAGUGUGAGACAGAGACAGACACGCACACAGUGUGAGACAGACACACACACACACACUGUGAGACAGACAGACACACACACAGUGUGAGAGAGAGACACACACACACACACAGUGUGAGACAGACACACACACACACACUGUGUGAGACAGACACACACACACAGUGUGAGAGACACACACACACACACGCACACUGUGAGACAGACACACACACAGUGUGAGAGACACACACACACACACACACUGUGAGACAGACACACACACACACUGUGAGACAGACACACACACACACAGUGUGAGACAGACACACACACACACUGUGAGACAGACACACACACACACAGUGUGAGACAGACACACACACACACACUGUGUGAGACAGACACACACAGUGUGAGAGACACGCACACACUGUGAGACAGACAGACACACACACAGUGUGAGAGACACACACACACACACACACACACACAGAGAGACACACACACACACACACUGUGAGACAGACAGACACACACAGUGUGAGAGACACACACACACACACAGUGUGAGACAUAGACACACACACACACAGUGUGAGACAGAGACAGACACGCACACACAGUGUGAGACAGACACACACACACACUGAGACAGACAGACACACAGUGUGAGAGAGACACACACACAGUGUGAGACAGACACACACACACACUGUGUGAGACAGACACACACACACAGUGUGAGACACACACACACACACACACUGUGUGAGAGACACACACACACACAGUGAGAGACACACACACACACACACACACUGUGAGACAGACACACACACAGUGUGAGAGACACACACACACACACUGUGAGACAGACACACACACACACUGUGAGACAGACACACACACACACAGUGUGAGACAGACACACACACACACUGUGUGAGAGACACACACAGUGUGAGAGACACACACACACGCACACACUGUGAGACAGACAGACACACACACACACACAGAGAGAGACACACACGCACACACACUGAGACAGACACACACACACACACACAGUGAGACAGACAGACACACACACACACAGUGUGAGACAGACACACACACACACAGUGUGAGACAGAGACAGACACACACACAGUGUGAGACAGAGACAGACACACACACACAGUGUGAGACAGAGACACACACACAGACACACACUGUGUGAGACAGACACAGUCACACGCUGCUGGUGAGGGUUAUGUUUUCCGGUCAGUUCUGUGUGCGGUGUUGUUGGUUUUAUUUGCCACAGGAGAGGUACCUGGUGUUGCCAUAACAUGUAUUAAAAGUGGUCAGAAUUGUAAAUAGCGACUAUAUACAAACGUAAGCCAUUUAGAAUCGAGAUGAAGAGUAGAUCAUAUUGCUGGACAUGGGCCUCCCAUGCAAUCAUCACUGUGAACCUGCAGGUAGAGUGGAGACUCAAUCCCGGCAAUGCAAAGCAGCUUCUCACUCGCCGAAGCCGUCUCCUGGGGGUAUCGUGUAUCCCCGCUCACAGUCGCGACUGCAAUGUUCCCACCAGCGACACCUAGUCACCCAGCACUGGGUCCAUGCCGGCCAGGAGACCCUCGCCAGCACAUUGGGACCACCUUCCCCUCCCCCUCCCCCCGUUCACACCAUGACCCCCCCAGCGGCAUGCGUACCCACCUUUCCCCCCUCCCCACCCUCACCUCCUUCCCCCCCACCCUCUGCACUCUCACUCACCCGCCCCCUGCCCUACCCACCCUUCCCCUCCAUCCCACCCUCCCCCUCCGAUCCCACACUGAUCCAUCACCCUCACCCUCAGCCCCUCCCCCCUCUCCUCUCCACCCCCCCUCUCUCCUCCUCAACUCCCUCCUCCCCAAACCCUUCUCCUCCUCCCCCUCCCCAUCUCCCCCCACAUUUUAUUUUCCUCUCUCUUUUCAAUGGAAAUGAUUCAUUGGAUGUGAUUCUUGAGGUUGUGACUUAUUUGGACUGAAGCGGAGGAUGUCCCUGCUGGCUGGUGGUGUUACUGAGCUGAUGGUGGUGAAGAUGCAGCUUCUCCCAGGGGUUGGUUCAGUCAUGGUUCACUGUCUAUAUGGGGCAUGUUCACCAUGGACUUUCCAGAGGGUGGGAGCUACAGCCCGUAAUGAGCGACAUGAGAAGCACCUUUCAUCUGACAGUGAUUGAUAAACUCCACGUUUCAACAGACAAAGCCAUAAUGUAGGCUUGGCAGUCUGAAAUAUCUUGUCCAAAAAGACAGAAAUGAUGCUGUUUCAACAAACAGCGACCACGUUUCCCACAGUCCCAAAGGACAGGCAUUUGCUAAGUGAAUAUUGUGUGACUGAGGCAGAAACCAAAGCAAUAAUGUUGCAGUGGGCAACAAAAUGUCCCACCGGCACGCAGGGGUUACCCACACCCACAUGCACACACACACACACGCACGCACACACACACCCACCUGCACCCACACUCACACCCACACACACAUGCACGCACACCCACCUGCACCCACACACACACACACACCUGCACCCACAUGCACACACCCGCACCCACACACACACACACCCACCUGCACCCACACACAUGCACCCACACACACGCACACACACCUGCACCCACAUGCACCCACACACACACACACCCACCUGCACCCACACACAUGCACCCACACACACGCACACACACACCCACCUGCACCCACAUGCACACACCUGCACCCACACACACACACACCCACCUGCACCCACACACACACACACACACCUGCACCCACAUGCACACACCUGCACCCACACACACGCACACACACACCCACCUGCACCCACACACACGCACGCACGCACACACACCCACCUGCACCCACGCACACACACACACCUGCACCCACACACCUGCACCCACACACCCACCUGCAUGCACACACACACAUACCUGCACCCACACACACCUACACCCAGACAAACACACACACACACACCCUGCACCCACACACCCACCUGCAUGCACACACACACACACAUACCUGCACCCACACACACACCUACACCCAAACACACACACCUGCACCCACACCCACCUGCAUGCACACACACACACACACACCUACACCCAGCCAAACACACACACACACACAACCACACCCACACACACACCUGCACCUACACACACACACACACACCUGCACCCACACCCACCCACUCCACACCCAUCCACCCACCCACCCACACCCAGCAGAUACUGGUCCACAGCUCAGCGUUAAUCUGCAGAUCACAUCUGGUCCCAGGUGGAAUAAAUAACUGGAUGGAUCGAAUGACUUUAUUGUCUGUAGCCCGGUGAUUUACCUCUGCAGUAAUUUUCUUCAAACAGGUUAUAAGCUAAUAGAAAAAGACAAUAAACUGCCUGAAGUGUCACAAACAUCAAACAGUAAAGAGUUUAAAUGCAAUUAAAGACUGCCAGGCCUCUCUCUAUGAGACUGCAAUAUAUCUAUUAACAAUAUAGCAUGUGUCAAUUUGUCCAAGUUCUUCUUGUCUUCCAGUGAUGUUAAUGUUCCGUGUUCUGGUUUUCAUCUUGUCUACACAGAAACAUGUAAAAUGUACAGUUGAGAGUUCAGGUUAUACUCCAGCUCGACCCUUUGGUGUAGCCGGAAUUAAAAUUCCCGUUCAAUUUCCCACUGCUUUACAUGCCCUUUGCCAUAGAACCUUUGAACCAUUUUGUUGGUCCCGUUGUAACGUAGGAAAACCUUCUAGCGUUUCAGAGCUUUUUGUGUGUGUGCGUGUGUGUUUGUAACUUGGUGAGUUUUGUAAUGUGAAGGAUUCUGUCCUGCUUCACUCUAGGUGCAUGUAGACCCUCCACUAUCAACAAAGGUGAGACUUGUUACUGGACAUUGUGUCCAAUUAGCAUCUGUGGUGUCACUGCAUGCUCCUCCUAAAGACCUUAUCAAAAUGUUCAGCCACAGUGAAAAUAAAAUGAUUUCAUUCACA